AUGCCGGACCCCAUGGGGCUCCUCAGUCUGGUCCUGCUCUGGCUGCUGAUGGCAGUGACUGCGGAGGCUUUUCAUGGGGAAGAGGAGCGAGAGAUGACAGAAAUUCCAGAUUCCCAGGUGGGGCAGGCGGCCUCCUGCAUGACUGCGUGCACAGGGUCAGCUGGCCCCCACCUCCCUGUGGGUACCAGAUACACCUAUCACUUUUCCACCAACACCAGCACCAGCCUGCAGGAGGUCCCGGUGGAGGAGAGUGGUCUUGGCCUCCAAGGCUUGGCUGUCCUUGAUGUGCUUGGCCCGUGUCAGAUGGCUUUAUGGCUCCAAGACUUCCAGGUGACAUCUAUCCUGGGGGCCAAGGUGGAGCUUCUGAAGGAGUCGGAGAGCCUGAGUGCCGCCCUGGGCCGCAACCCACUCCGCUUCAUCCUGCACUCUGGGCGUGUGGCCCACCUGUGUCCCCACCCUGCUGAGCCACGCUGGGUGCUGAACGUGAAGCGUGCUGUGCUGAGCCUCCUGCAGGGCCACCCGGGGGCCCACAGCCCCAACACCCUCGAUGAGGUGGACAUCCUGGGCCAAUGUCCCACCACAUACCAGCGCCAUGGGGACUGGCUACACAAGACCAAGGACCUGGCACAGUGCUCCCUGCGCAGGGGACACUCCUCGCUGCAUUCUCAGGCCCUGCCUGGAGUGGCCCCCGGCCUGACUUCCCGCCUGACCUGCGUCCAGAACUUCCGGGCCGGCGUGCUGCGGGAGGCCUCCUGCACAGAGCUGGACGCUGCAGGGCCACUGUCUGCAAAGGCGAGCGCCGUGCAGAUGCGGACCCUCUCCUCACUCAGCCUGCUGCACGAGAUGUCCCAAGAUCCAGCGGGCACAGAUCCAGAUGCUGGAGAUGAUAAAGACAUGACCCCAAGCAGCCUGCUGUAUGAGUGGGAGGAGACACCAUCCCAGGCCAUGGUGGCCACCGCAGCCACGUUAGUGAGGAGGCUGUGCCUGGCUCAGACCACUAGCUUGGAGGCCAUGGACUUGUUCCUGACACUGGUGUCCCAGCUCCAGGGCCUUUCCGGGGGUGAGCUGAUGGAACUCUGGCGAGAUUCUUCCUUCAAAUGCCGAGACAACGGGCAGCCACUGGUGGAUGCCCUGCCUUCCUGUGGGACAGAGCACUGUGUGGGCCUCAUGAAGGAACUCAUCGCAUCCGGGGAGGUAGAGGCAGACGAGGCGGAGGCGUGGCUGUCAUCACUGGCCUUCCUCCCACAGCCUACAGAUGCUAUGGUUCACAUGCUGCUGCCACUGCUCCAGACCCCGCGGGCCAGCCCUGGCGCCUUCCUGGGCAUCUCAGCCCUGGUGCACAACCUCUGUGCUUCUCUGGAUGCACCCUGCGGACAGCUGCCUGGAGUCGGCUCUCUAGUGAAGAUCCUGGGAGAUGCCUUGGGUGAGAACUGUACCAUCCAGGAGCCCUCGGAUGAUGACAAGCUCCAGCUUGUGCUGAAGGCGAUCGGCAACGCGGGCUUGGCGGCCCUGGCUCUCACCCCCACGCUGAGUGCCUGCGCAUCUCUGAGAAGCAGCGCCCCUGAGAUCCGGCUGGGGGCCAUCCAGGCCUUCCGGAGGGUCCUCUGCUCUGCAGAUCGAUCGGUGCUCUCCCAUCUGUACCAAUCCCCGGAGGAGGAUGCUGAGAUCCGUAUCAAUGCCUACCUGGCCCUGAUGAGAUGCCCUAGUGAGGAGGUGUUUGCCCAGGUGCGGCGCACCCAGGCAGGCGAGCUGUCCACCCAGGUGGGUUCUUUUGUGUGGAGUCAUCUCCUGCAGCUGCUGGAGACACGCGACCCCCUGAAACGGGCCCUCCGGGACACCCUCCCUGAGGACAUCCUCAGCCAGGAGUUCCACCCGGAAAUGUGGAAACACUCGUCCUAUUCUGAUGUCACCUUCCGAUCAGUGUCUGGAAGCCUGGGAGCCAACCUGGAGGGGACCCUUCUCUUCUCUCCUGCCUCCUUUCUCCCCCGUUCUGCCACAGUCAACCUGACCAUCCACACCAUGGGCCGUGCCUUCAACCUCCUGGAGCUUGGGCUCCGGCUGGAAAAUGCUGAGGAAAUUGCUCACAGGCUGUUUGGCAGGAAGUCAUUCUGGGGCCAGGAAGACGGGAGAGAGGCCAAGCCAGAGAAACCCCCAGGGCCAAAACCAGGGCCUGUACCACAGCAAGCCAGCCCCAAGUGUCCAGGAGACAGAGACAGAAGGAUGAGAGACCUACAGCAGAAGGUGACCCGGAGGCGUGGGGCCACCCAGCGGGCUCUGCGAUGCGAGUUGAGCAUGAAGGUGCUGGGGCAGGAGCUGAGCUUUGUGAACUGCGGAGCCACAGGGAGUCACAUGAACCACCGGUCCCUGAACCUGGCCGAGCUCGUCAUUAGGCUCAUGAAGGUAGCUCCUGCCUGCCCCUGCCCAUGCCAUCUGCCCUGUGACACUUUAACAUAA